AGACGGAAGUAAAUCCCUUGUGACCCGGAAGGAGGUACUCGGCUGAAGAGCUGUUUACAUUUCGAAGAAACCUGUGCCUUUGGGAAAGUAGUUAAGCCGGCUUGGUCCUUCUGACAGAAUGGUUUGCGAAAAAUGUGAAAAGAAACUUGGUACCGUUAUUACUCCGGAUACUUGGAAAGAUGGAGCAAGGAACACUACAGAAAGUGGUGGAAGAAAAUUAAAUGAGAACAAGGCUUUGACUUCAAAGAAAGCAAGAUUUGACCCAUAUGGAAAGAAUAAGUUCUCCACUUGCAGAAUUUGUAAAAGUUCCGUACAUCAGCCAGGUUCUCAUUACUGUCAAGGCUGUGCUUACAAAAAGGGCAUCUGCUCAAUGUGUGGGAAAAAGGUUUUGGAUACCAAGAACUACAAGCAAACAUCUGUUUAGUUACACUGAUUGAUUGACUUUCUGGUUUCCACUUUUAUAUUUCUAUAUGACUUUAAUUUUCUGCCAUAUGUUUUCCAAGCUACACAACUUGUACAUACUAGUUUUAAAACAGUAUUUCAAGGCAAAUAAUUAACAUUAGAUGAAUGUUCAGAGUUUUCCUCUUUCAAGAAACUCUGCAUAAUGUAAAGUAAAAUAUAAUUACUAUCUAUAAUUGAUAACAUCUUUACUAGGCUUAAUAGGGAAGAUUUAAUGAAAACUUUUUUCCAAUUCUUUAUGCACUUUGUACUUAGCAUAUUUAGUUAAAUCAUUUCCCUCCUUUUUUCUUGUAGAUAUUUUUACUAAAGGGAUGGGAAUGUUAGAAGUUUGCUAAUAUUGCCUUGACAACAGUGAAUCUGUUGUCAGAUCCCAUUGGCAACUGUUGGCAGCCAAGUUCAUCAUUUAUCUCCCAUGACGGGAUGCAUAGCUCUUAACACAGCAUCCUUUAGGUAGUAAGAAAUUAAAUGAGCAGAUAACCCUUGAAAUUUAAAAGGACUUUUACCAGAGACCAUGGUAGCUAAGGUGGCUAUUCUAUUUACCCACCUACGAAUUGGGCCAUAUUGGAGAGGGUUUGAAAGUUUUCGUUUUAAGAUUCUAAUUCCUACAUAAAGAGGAAGGAGUCCUUCUAUGGAGUAGCAAAAUUAGAAUUAAUACUUUAACCCUCUGCCUGAGUUUCUCCCAUAUCCCAGGAGAUAUACUCCAGGUAUAGCUCAGAAGUAGUUAGUGUUUCUCUGAAUUCAACCAGUGUUAGGAAAGUCAAGAGACUCAUGCCUGUCCAUGUUGACUAGUAUGGAGAGCCAUCACUGUUGUUUGUGAAAACCCCAGAAGCAGAGAUCAAAUCUUCCUCUCUCUUCCCCUCAAAACAGCAAUAACAUGAAUCCCAUAAAUGAUAUGAAAGGAUAAAAAUUGCCAUAAUUUUGUACAUUAUAGUCCCGUAAGUCUGAUUGGAUGUCAAGGAAGAAUGUUUCUGCUGUACCUUCAUAGGUUUGGGAUCUCUGCUGUUGAAAGCAGCUGCUUGUUGGGAGAUAAUUGUACAGCAAGAUAGAAAUCUUCUUUUCCUUUUAAAAGUUGGGAUGUAUGAAAAAUAUGUGAAACUGAUGAGUCCUUUCAAGUGGCAGAAUGUGGGGUAUAAGUGCAUUUUAAUUUAAAUUUUGAAAUGAUUAUGAAAAGUAAUUAAAGUUGUAUUUGUCUUUCA